AUGACAGUUCAGAAGUUAUCAGAAGAGAAUGGCAGGUGUUGCCGGAUUCUUCAAGUCUCUGCAGAAGAAUUGCAACAUGGCUUUGACUCUGAGCUCCCAGUUGGUGUCAAAGAACUUCUGACCUAUGGUAGAAAUCUCUUAGAGUAUUGCUCCUAUAAAGCACUCGAAAAAACUAGUCGAAGUCAAGAUUAUAUAAGUGACAAGGAAUUUCGUCGUUUGACCUAUGACAUGACGCUUGCCUGGGAGGCACCCAACGUUGAAUGUGAUCCGCCACAACAUGACACUACUUCUUGCUUUAAGUCCGAAAUGGUGGAUGAAGAUGAGGGGUCCUUAUUUUAUUCAAGUUCCACAAAUAUGGCACUUCAGGUUGAUGCUGACAAGACAGUUGGUCCGGAAGCCUUUGCCCGCAUAACUCCUGCUUGUGUUCUUGUCGCUGAUAUAAUGUCUGUCCACAAUCUUUUUGAUGCACUCACGAGUUCUUCAGGACACCGCCUUCAUUUUCUUGUUUAUGACAAAUACUUGAGCAGCAUUGAUAAAGUCAUAAAGAAUUCAAAACAUGUGAUAGACACUUCAACGGUGAAUCUUCAGCUUGCUGAUGGGGAGGUUGUCGUUGAUGUUGAUGGAACAAAUCCAACUCAACCAGUUCUGCAACACAUAGGGAUCUCUGCGUGGCCUGGACGAUUGAUCCUCACCAAUUAUGCUUUGUACUUCGAGCCUCUGGGACUUGGGCUGCAUGAGAAAGGUGUUCGAUAUGAUUUAGAAAUGGAUAUGGAACAGCGGUGA